AUUAUAGCCCUUUUUAAGUGUAGGUCCCAUAUCUCGAAUGAUUCGAAAAAAAUAAGGAGUUCGAAUUCCACUGAGAAACCGUCCGAUUCUCAUUUAGACAGUGCAUUUAUACAUGUUAUGCUGUUUCUUUCUAUCAUGGAAUGUUAGUUCAGCAGUCUGGAAAUUGGUAUUUAUUGGUGACAACGUUGAGUGGUUCAAGAAUUCUUGAUUUUGAGGGUGAUGCUUAUUUCUGAUAUCCGACCCACCAAUUUUUUUCUGUUGCAUUUAACUGAACUUUCUUGUUGCUGUUGUGGGGUGUCAUCGUCAGUGCUCAGACAGUGAUGCUUUGAGGUUAUGAACUUCUGACAAUAUAUGAAGCCAUUUGUCUGAACCACAAGGCGGCCACUGUGUGCACCUCUGAUUCUUGUCGUUUUUCCAGUUAUGGCCGAGAAGGAUGCGACGUUUUCUGACGGUCGGAGUAUACCGCUGUUCAUAUUCUUUAAGGAUUUCAGGUCAGUGUUUAAACUGGAUGAACUGGGACUGGAAAUAGCAAGGAUUGCCCUCCCUGCAGCCCUGGCUCUGACAGCUGAUCCUGUUGCAUCUCUGGUUGAUACAGCAUUCAUUGGCCAAAUCGGUGCUGUCGAGCUUGCUGCUGUGGGAGUUGCCAUAGCUUUAUUCAAUCAGGUAUCAAGAAUCGCGAUAUUCCCUCUUGUCAGUGUGACGACGUCCUUUGUUGCUGAGGAAGACACAAUUACAAAAGAUGUUGCGGAUUGCAAAGACAGUGAAAGCUUGGAGAACGGGUCGAGUCUGGACAGCGAAAACAAGAUGUUGAUACCUCAAACCGAUUCGGACAAGAAGAUGUGCAAGUUAGAGUCAGGAGGUAAUAGUUUUGAGAUAAGUAAGACGGAGCAGGGGAAGAAGCAGAUUGCAUCAGCAUCUUCAGCGUUAAUCAUCGGUGCUGUUCUUGGCAUUCUCCAAGCUGCAUUUCUGAUUCUUGCAGCCAAACCUUUACUAAGUUUCAUGGGAGUCAAACCUGAUUCAGAAAUGUCGUACCCUGCACAACAGUACUUGAAACUCAGAUCACUCGGCGCUCCUGCAGUUCUUCUAUCCUUGGCAAUGCAAGGAGUCUUUCGUGGACUUAAGGACACAAAAACUCCGCUUUAUGCAACGGUAGUUGGAGAUCUAGCGAACAUUGUUCUGGACCCGAUAUUUAUGUUUGUUUUCAAGCUAGGAGUCAGAGGUGCGGCCAUUGCACAUGUUAUCUCUCAGUAUUUGAUUUCACUAAUACUCAUUUGGAGAUUGAAGCAAGAAGUCAAUCUCAUACCUCCUAGUCUCAAGUAUCUGCAAUUCGAACGCUUUAUUAAAAAUGGCUUCCUAUUACUAACGAGGGUCAUAGCUGUAACGUUCUGUGUGACGCUUGCUGCAUCGAUGGCCGCAAGGCUGGGGUCGACACAAAUGGCUGCAUUUCAAGUUUGCCUCCAAGUGUGGCUAGCUACUUCCCUUCUGGCUGAUGGUUUGGCCGUUGCUGGACAGGCAAUUCUUGCGAGUGCAUUUGCCAGAAAAGACUAUAGUUGGGCAACUGCUACUGCAUCCCGAGUGCUGCAGUUGGGGAUAGCUCUUGGACUGGUUUUAGCUGUGGUCCUUGGAUUUGGCUUACAUUUCGGAGCAAGAAUAUUUACCGAAGACGCUGGUGUUCUCCACCUGAUAGGCGUUGGCAUCCCGUUUGUUGCAGCUACUCAGCCGAUCAACACACUAGCCUUCGUUUUUGAUGGUGUCAACUUUGGAGCAUCCGACUUUGCAUAUUCAGCAUACUCAAUGGUCACAGUCGCUAUAAUUAGCAUCAUUACGUUAUUAGCUCUUUGCUCAAGCGGGGGAUUCGUGGGAAUCUGGACUGCCCUGACUAUCUACAUGAGUCUGAGAGCAUUUGCUGGAUUUUGGAGAAUAGGGACUGGAACAGGGCCUUGGGCGUUUCUUAGGAGAUGAUCUUAUGUUGCUUUUUGAGGAAGAGCGAGGAAACAUUUACAAUUUGCCUUUUAAGGCAACAUUGCAUCAUAGCUUAUGCUGAUACAUGUAAAGAAAAACUGUUGUAGCUUGUCUGCUCAAUGGUGGCAUAUAAUUUUAGUCAGUAGAAACGAAGAAAGGAGUUUGGGGGAUUCAUUUUCAAUGAGAAAUAGUGAAAAUCCUGCUCAUAAUUUGAAAAA